AUCGUUCUUGCAACGAAAGACUCUUUUCGCGCGCGUACACAACAAUGUCCCAAAGUGCUGUGACUGUGUUUAGUAGAAAUGUUGAUCUGUGACCCAAGACAAACACUAGUUCUUGUGAUUAAACUACAUUAUAGGAUUUAAUUUGACAUUCAUCAGUGAUUUUCACCACAUCAAUACACCAACCAAGGAGAAAUUUCGUUCCAUUUUUCUUCGUUCUUCAUUACGUCUACCCACCCCAAAGGAACUCUUCAUUAUUUUUAAAUUUUUGGGAAAAAAGUGCUCUCGAAAGUUUGUCGCUGUUCUCUCAAUAUUUGCCAAACUGCAAGAAGGCCACAAAAGUGUCGAUGGCGGAAGAAAGAAAGAGUAAUUAAAUAGUGUUUGUGUUUCUUGUUGGAAUUUUUUGUUUUAAGAUCUGUGCCCAGAGAAAAAGAGUUACUGUCUACUUAGCAAUUGUGUGUUCACUAUAAAGUGUGCGCACGGAUGUGAGAUUAAUUAAAUUAAGAAAAAAAAGUUAGAGGCACAUAAAGUUGCGUCGUGAGGAAGAAGUUGAGGGCAAGAAAAGGGAGCCCUAGUGUGUCACUAUGUGUGAGUGAACGUGAAGAGAUUGGGUGGUCAAAAUAAGUAAAAAGUAAAAGAGAAAUAGAGACACCAACCAAUGGUUGUUAAUGAGAAAAGUGUCAGGGAAUGUGUACAAUGCCGGAAAUAUGUAGUUAAAAUGAGUCUCUUACAGAGACCUGUGUGUGAGCAAGUUAUGAAUUGAGGAGGAUUUUGCAACGGAAGUCCCCAUCUAGAUCAUAUCAAAUAAAGAAAUCAACUUGAAAAGUAUAAGUGGAAAAGAAGGCGGGAAUAGUUAAUCCCGAUAGUGAAGGAUUUUACCUCACCACGAUGCCCCGGUAUUCGACUGUGGCAUGUUUUGUCGUGGUUAUCGUGCUCCUUGGCCGAACUACUGAUGUAGUGGCACAGUGCUCGUGGGAGUAUCGAAACGGGAGCGCCGUGACGUGCUCCAUACGUCGCCUUGAGCGACAAGGUGUAGAUCUGGCCGGUGCUGAAGGCACAACAAGACUCGAUAUCAUAUGCAAUGAGCAAUUCCUCUUUGAGUCCCAGCUGCCCGUACGAGCCUUUGGUCGCCUCCAGACACUCACUGAACUGACAAUGGAGUCGUGCAAGCUCCUUCAGUUGCCAGUGCACGCCUUUGCCGGCUUGUCCAAUCUUAAACGACUGACAGUGCGAACCAAUAACUACGCGUGGGCACCCAGCAAAACACUCGACAUCCGGCCAGAUGCUCUCGUGGACCUCAAGGAUCUCCAGCACCUUGAUUUGAGUAACAAUAACCUACGAAAUUUGCUCGAUGGUGUUCUGUGCUCUCUCAACAAUCUCCAGCACCUCAAUCUCUCUUCCAAUAGAAUACGUGCUGCUGAAAAUCUUGGCUUUGCCACUGUGUCCCAGUGUAAUGGUGGUGCAGAUUUGCAUGUUCUGGAUGCCAGUUACAAUGAACUCCAGGCAAUUCCUGAGGGAUGGGGUGUUUCAAAGUUGAGAAGAUUGCAGCAACUAUUUCUUCAACACAACAACAUCACAGAAUUAUCAAGUGAGUGUCUCAUUGGUCUCAGUUCCCUCAAGGUGCUCAAUGUGAGUUUCAACCACCUGGAAACUCUGCCUGAGGGUGUCUUUGCUGGGUCGCGUGAACUGCGCGAGAUACAUUUGCAAAACAAUGAACUGUAUUCACUACCACGUGGUACAUUUCAUCGUCUUGAACAACUUCUAGUGUUGGAUCUGAGUUCAAAUUCCUUGACUAGUCAUCAUAUUGGCAAUGGCACCUUCGCUGGUCUCAUCCGGCUCAUCAUCCUGAACUUGGCUCACAAUGCCCUUACACGUAUUGACAGUCGCACGUUCAAGGAGCUGUUCUUCCUGCAAAUAUUGAAUUUGCGCAACAAUUCAAUUGGACACAUUGAGGAGAAUGCAUUUCUGCCACUGUACAAUUUGCACACACUCAAUCUUGCCGAGAAUCGUCUGCACACCAUCGACGAUAAACUGUUCAAUGGCUUGUAUGUGUUGUCUAAAUUGACACUCAACAACAAUUUAAUCACUGUGAUUGAAGUGAAUGCAUUCAAGAACUGUUCAGAUCUCAAGGAGCUGGACCUUAGUUCAAAUCAAUUGCUGGAAGUACCACAGGCUCUGCAAAAUUUGUCAAUGUUGCGUACAUUGGAUUUGGGUGAAAAUCAAAUAUCAUCCUUCUACAAUGGUAGCUUUCGCAAUUUGGUGCAACUCACUGGUCUACGUCUGAUUGACAAUUUGAUUGGAAACAUAACAAGAGGUAUGUUUUGGGAUUUACCACGGUUGAGUGUGCUCAAUUUGGCAAAGAAUCGGGUACAGAGCAUUGAAAGAGGUUCUUUUGAGAGAAAUACCGAUCUCGAGGCUAUUCGUUUAGAUAGAAAUUUUAUCAGUGAUAUCAAUGGUGUCUUUGCCACCCUUGCAUCCCUACUGUGGCUGAAUUUGUCGGAAAAUCAUCUUGUAUGGUUCGAUUUUGCAUUCAUUCCGAAGAAUCUCAAGUGGCUGGACAUUCAUGCCAACUACAUUGAGGCACUGAGGAAUUACUACAAACUCCAGGAGGAGAUUCGUGUCAAGACCCUCGAUGCGAGUCACAAUCGCAUCACGGAAAUCAGCUCAAUGUCCAUUCCCAAUACUAUUGAGUUGCUAUUUAUCAACAACAACCUCAUUGAGACCAUCCAUCCGAAUACAUUUGUGGACAAGACAAAUCUCACGAGGGUAGAUCUGUACGCUAAUGCUCUGACCACACUGCAGAUGCACAAUAUUCGACUGGCACCUGUACCCGAAAACCGCCCCCUUCCCGAAUUCUACUUGGGAGGCAAUCCACUGGAGUGCGAUUGCUCAAUGGACUGGCUGUAUCGCAUCAACAACCUCACGACACGCCAACACCCCAGAAUAAUGGACUUGGCAAAUGUGGCGUGUGUGAUGCCCCAUGCGAGACGUGGUCCUGCCGUCAGAUCUGUGGCCACCCUGACAUCCUCGGACUUCCUCUGUCGCUAUGAAACCCACUGCUUUGCCCUCUGCCACUGCUGUGACUUCGAUGCGUGUGACUGUGAAAUGACAUGCCCCAACAAUUGCACCUGCUUCCACGAUACCACUUGGAAUGCCAAUGUUGUGGACUGUGGGGGCGGUGGUAGACGCCAUGGACGGGAAUUGCUCAAGAAGGUGCCAAUGGAUGCCACAGAGCUGUACCUAGAUGGUGCCGAUAUCGAAGAAUUGCAGAAUCACGCAUUCCUCGGCCGCAAGAAUCUCAAGGUGCUCUAUCUCAAUAACUCCAAUCUCGCCCUCAUGCACAAUCGCACCUUUGCUGGCAUGUCGGCCCUCACCAUCCUCCAUCUCGGAGACAAUCAGCUCCGUUCACUGCAGGGCAGUGAAUUUGAUGAUCUGGUGAAUUUGCGUGAGCUGUAUUUGCAAAAUAAUCGCCUUCGCACUGUGACAAAUGCCACACUUGAACCAUUGAGGGCACUUCGGGUGCUGAGAAUCGAUGGGAACCAACUGGUGUCUUUCCCCCUAUGGCAAUUGCAGACACCCCAAUUUCAGCACCUUCAUUCCCUCACUCUUGGUCGCAAUUCGUGGAAUUGCAAGUGUCGAAAUCUGCAGGAACUCACGUCUUUUGUGGCGGAUAACGCUGUAAUUAUUCAGGAUUCACAGGACAUCUAUUGCGUUGAUCCCACUGGGGUUAAGCGUGAACUCGACCUCAAUGCCACAUCCAUCUGCAGUGAUUUCUAUGCCAUUGGGUCUAUGAUGAAUGACAACGUGUUCAGCAAUUACAUUCCAUUAAUGAUUGGGUGUGCUGUACUGACCAUACUCAUUCUCUUAUUGGCUCUCAUCUAUAUCUUCCGCGAACCCGUGCGUGUGUGGUUCUUCACCCAAUACGGCGUCCGUGUGACUGGGGCGCGAUGUGAAAAGACAGAAAAGCUAUAUGAUGCCUUAGUAUUGCACAGCACUAAGGAUAGUGAAUGGGUCACGAGAGAGUUGACACCAGAACUCGAACGUGGCCGUCCGGGGUUGCGACUAUGCGUACAGCACCGUGAUCUCGUGCAAGAAGCCACAUAUCUCCAACUACUGGAAGCUGCUCAUGCCUCCCGUCGUGUGGUCAUCGUACUGAGUCCCAAUUUCCUACAGACCGAAUGGAGUCGCAUUGACGUGCGCCAUGCGGUACAUGAAUCCGUUAAGGGACGCCCAUAUAAACUGGUCAUUGUGGAGGAGAGUGAUGUGUUCCUGGAUGCGGCAGCAGAUUGUGAACUUUUGCCGUACCUCAAGACUACGAGUGUGCGGCGAGUGAAAAGGCUGGAGCAGCAAUUUACAGAAAAACUUAGGUAUGCCCUACCUGCGGAAAGUGUCAACCAGAGGCGGGGUAAUAAUUACACUCUGGAUCACCAUGAGAGAAUAAAACAGCCUGCAAGUCCAGGUGUUGUCUUCCGACCGGCUCCACCACCAGCCUACUGCCCAGAUGGUGAUGAUCCCAACUAUUCAUCUGCUACUACUGCUACCCCAAGUCCGCGACCGAUGCGGAAGAAUCUUCUUCACCAUCCACAUCAUUUGCCAAACGGCGUUCUCCAUGCCAUGCACUCAGGGGCUGAUGGGGCGUCACAUCGACCACCAUCAGAGCACAUCUAUUCCAGCAUCGACUCCGACUACAGCACGCUCGAUCGUGAAAAUAUGGUGGUGGAUGUUCAUAGACUUACGUGGCGCAGUAGCAGCAACCACAGCCAUCAUCCACCCCAUGAUCACCGGGUGCAGGCGUAUCUCGUGUGAAGACCACCCAAAGGCUUCCUCAGACAGAGCCCAAGGUAAAGACUAAUCUCAUUUCGAAGCUCAUUUCAAUAUAACAUUUUACCUUCUCAAUGGUCUAUGCGACCCUCAGCACAAAAGACAUGCCAACAGGUGAAAAAAAAUGUAACAAGUUUGAUAAGGCACUAAAAGACAAUUUUUGACUCAGUAUUCAGUAAUUUGUGAAUCGGAAGUGGCACAGUCAUGUGCCAAGAUUAACGGAGCAAUGAUUUGAUUAUAAAAUUCACAAAAAUCUUUCGAAAAAUGACCCCUUUAAAUAUGAUUAGAAUCUUUCAAAACAGAUUCCAAUACAUUUUCUUAGAGAAAAAACUUGUGUUCCAUAAAUUUUGGCACGUGACAGUAAAACGAAUUAAAUAGCUAUUUUUCUGAGCGACAAUUCCACGUGUAAUUUUGUAAAUAGCGAGACAAUUUGGACAUAUGAGAGAGCUAUACCUUCAUUAAUACAAUAAUAGACCGAAACAAACUGGGAAAUUGUAAGAGAGAAAAAGAAAUAUUUAAAGUGGUAAUUAAAAUUAAGCAAAAGAGAAGUCUAUUGACGAAAAAGUCAUAGACACUCACUGUUGUAAAAAAAAGCUCUUAUUUCACUGAAACACCUUCAUUUAGAAGCAUUACUUAAUGGCAGAGAGAGGUAAAAAGGCGUGAGAAAUUGCAUUUUGAAAGAAACUGAAAUGAGUGAGAAUGAAAGAAAAAAAGAUACUGAGGAUGGUGUAAGAAAGAAAAACCAAUAUAUUUAUAGAGAACAAGAACACGAAGAACAUUAUACUGUAAUUUAAAUUAAUUUAUUUGUACCGAAGGAAAAAAGGAAUUAAUAAUUGUGAUAAAUAAAUUCUUAUUAUUUCCUCCUUAUUUUUCCAUUCUUUAUCAAAUUGGGAUGGGGAUACUAGCGCGGGAUACGACAAGGGGUUUAAUUUUUAAUUUAGAUAAAGUACGAAAUUUAAGAAAAAAAUCAAUUGUGUAUGUUUGAGAAUGAAAUUAAUGAAUGUCGGCGAGAAAUAAGACAAAGCACAUAAAAGUGAAUUGUGUGAGACAUUACAAUAAUACCGAUAUUAUGUAUUUGCUAUGAUAUUAAAAUCUUACGCAACAUAUCAAUUUUGAGCCAAUCUCAGAGAUAGAAUCAUUCACAAAAGUAUUGCAUUUGAAAGAAGUCACAACCAUCAGCAGUGAAAUAAUUACAACAUAGAUGAAGCAUUUGAGAGAAAAUGCGAGAAAGGUAUUUUACUUGAAUGAUGGGAAAAUCGAGGUCGUGCCGUAGGGAUGGAUUAAUACAAGAAGUGUAAAUGGGAAAAACACUUGCAUGUAUAACAUUUGCAUACAUAAUCUAUGAGAUUUGUGUAUUUAAUUCAGACAGGAAAUCAAUAAUAAAUUUUGGUGUUUGCAUUAAUAUUCCAUUAAUGUGCUAGAUGAGGGUGCCAUUUGGUACGUAUGCAGGGCUUUAUCCACGGUAUGAUGAAUGCGAACAGGGCCUAAUGUGGUUCACUGAUGAUGGCGCAAAGAGAGCAAACUGGAUAUUUUCCAUUCAAUUUGAUUCAUUAUUUAAAAGAGUUCAGUAAUUCCAACUCUUUUAUUUUCAAUACUUGUCAUAGUACAAUCAUUCAUAUUUCAAAUAAUUUAUGAAAAAAUAUUUUUAACGAUAAAAAUAAUUGAAUUUUUCUGAUUUUGUUUUAUUUAUUGAAUACGAUCAUGCUGUGAAACCCUCUUAACUUUUUGUUCUAAUUAAAUUCAUCUGCGCCAAAAAAAUUUAUAUUGAUUUUAUCACAUUAUAGCAAACUUUUUAAAAAUUUACCUUACCGCAUUGCAAUCAUUCCAACACUCUAUUUCCACUGAAAAUAUCAUAUUUUGACUUAAUUUCCUUUUCAGUGAAUAAAUAUUUAAUAACCUACCAUUUUUUUUGUUUCUCUAUAAUAUUAAAUCUUUUAAUGCUGUGAGAAAAUGAUUUGAAGUUACUAAAGGGUUUCAUUAAAAAUAUCCUUUCUGUUUAUCUUAAUUAACCCUUUCAGGGCUUUCAGGGCAAAUAGGAAUUCAACAAGUCAGUUCAUCAAAGAAAAGCUUUUAAAAGAAAGCUGAAUAUUUAAUGUCGUAAUUAAUGACUUUUAAUAUAGGACUUCUUGACAAGUAAAAAAAAUGUACACAUUUUUAUUGGAGAUUGUCAAGUAUACUAUUUUCUAAACUGAAAAUUCAAAGAAGUUGAACACAUUUACAAAGAAAAACAUUGUAAUUAGAAAAUACAAAUUAGCUUUCAAAGACCGGCUUAAUAAUUUAGAGCUUAGGGAUGUCUGGGGCAAGUUGUAACAAAACGGAUCUUUCAUGUUUUUACAAUUUCUCAGCAGGUUAGAGAGAUUUCUAAUCAGAAUGUUCUUUCGGGAAAUUUAUCUUUUACCUCGAAAAGAAAGGUGUUCUUCGAGCCAUUUUUAAAAAUUGGUUUUGCGAAUUUUUAACAUUUUAAGGCAAAUUGUGAUAGAUUUGUUGUUAUUUUUAAUAUUUCGAUUUGUUUCACUGAGAAAAAAACGGGGGUGCGAUUAACUCUUUUUCCUCAUAACUUUAACACUUUUUAGGUGUAAAAAUAUAUCAACAUUUUUAAUGUUAAUUUUACACCUUUCCAAGGGUGAAAUUAACACGAAAAAGGGUAACUUUAAUCCCUAAUACACCUUAAAAGCAUACUAUUUACACCGAUUGCGAUACUGCAGGGUAAAAUUAACAUUUUUGGAAUGUUACUUUAACUUUUUCGGAUUUCUCUCAGUGUUCAUUUCAAGCUCUUGCAAAUGAAAGAAAUAACUUGUAGGAAAUUUCCGUGUAAUGGGAUGUAGCAGACAGUGGCCGGAAAAUUAGACCUUUCUUGAUUUUUCUCAUUAAUUUAAACGUCCGUCGUGAAGAAUUAAAUAGAAAAAAUCAAGCAAGGUUUAUUUUUCUAUCCACUAUCUACAAGAUAUAUCCAUUUGACUUAAGUUUUUUGAAAAUAUUUAGAAAUAUGAUUUUCAAAUAAUUUUCUGAAAAGAAUUUUUAUUCAAAAAUUCCCUUAUGCAGGACAGACAGAAAAAGCGAAAUGGAUAAAAAGUGCGCUAAAUAAAUGUUAGUUUAAAGCAUAGGGGAAGUCGGGCACUUUUGAAAUUAAGAUUUUUUUCUCCUAUGUUUAAGUGGAACUGAGCCAUAUCAUAAUGUAAUUUAGUUUCUCAAUCUGUUUGUGCAGCUAAAUUAUUUCACAAUAAGGCUCAAUUUUAUUUAAAAAAAUAGGUGAAAAAUCCCAAUUUCAAAGGUGCUCCACUUCUCCCUAUGCCAUUUUUCCCCAAUUGGAUUGAAAAAAUUAAUGACAAAAAUUUGUGUCCUUAUUCCAUGCUAAUCUUGGCAGAUAUAGUAUUUUGAAUUUUUCGGUUUUGUACAAUUUGCUCCAUGUUUCCUUAAUAUUUCAAAAUAAUAAAAAAAAAACAUUUUUUUAUUAUUUUUGGGAAAUUAAAAGAUUUUUAAUUUAUCUUAAAAAAUUUCUUUACGACGAAUAUUCUGUUCUGUGUGAUCUACUGUUCUUAAGAUUCUGUUUAAUUCUAGCACCCAACGAUCUGAUAUGUGGCAGAUCAGUAUGAAGAUUAUCCACACGUUAAAUUUAAUUAUAAAAUCCAGACAUUAAUUUUCAAAUUUUUGCACUAUUUGCCGAAAUUUAUCCAGUUAAAGAAAUUCAUGGUUUUCAGUCUUUAAACUUUAGUGAAACUUUACAACGAUAACCUAAAAUUGAUAGAAAUAUUUUCUUGGAUUUGGUGAUCCUUGAAAUAUGUAGCAUAAUAAAAAAUAUAAUGCAUAAGUAAAGACUUGCUAUAGAUGAUCCAAUCGUCCUGAAAGGGUUAAGCUAAUAUUGUGAAAAAGUUAGGUGAGAUUGUAAAAAGCAAAAUUCGAAUUAUGCAAAAGUUUCUUUAUAAUUAAAAAUGGUGGAAACACAACAUUACCAUUUCAUUCUCACCCUUUAUUGCACACAAAAAAGAAACUCCAUGAAAUUUUUACUAUACUCCGUAUGGGCAAAGUUUUUAUUUGUUAAACAGAGAAUUGUUUUAUUCUGUCCAGUUUAAAUUAUGGUAAAAGGGAUGCAAGUAUCAAAAUUUAAUCAAAAGUUACAAGACUUCCUCAUUUCACUCAUUCUUAAAGCAUAAUAAAUGGAAUGAGUGCAACAGGAGAAUUUUAUGUGAAUAAGUUCUAUGCGGAUAUUGUGAGGAACUUUAAAAGCGCCUUGUAACUAUGAUAAUCAUUGGAUUUGUUUUGCAUAAUAUUUCUGCUGUGAGUAUGGGAAAAUAUGAAGUAAAAUUUUAUUGCAAAAAAAAAAUGACUUAAUGCCGAAAAAACCAGAACAUUUUAAACAAAAAUUACAUAACGGGGUAAAGUUAAAAUUCUAUAGGGACGGACCGGGUAGUUUCAAGAGUAUGAUUUUAUACAAUAUAUACAUUAUGUCUAAUAAACAGAAAAAUGAUUUAUGUAUUUUCAGAUAGCCAAAAAAUGUAAAACAACCAAGUUCAGUUGAGAUAAGUUUAAAUACAGUUUAUAUUAAUUUCGUAAAAAAAGUCGUUAACGUAGCUGUAUGGUACUGCCUCAUUGUCCCUUGGAUAUUUCAGUUGUUGUACAUAUGUGUGAUUUACAACAAAUAUAUACCUACUUCAUUUAUUGGUUUUAUUUCACAAACAGUGCAAUUUCUCUUUUUAUAACUUUUUUUGAUAAAAUAUAAAACAAAAUAGGGAAACCGUAAAUCUUUAAUGAGUAUAUUAGCAAAAUAUGUUUGAAACUUUGCUUUUUGCAACUUACUAAAACUCAGAGAUCGUUUAUACUGAAAUUAUACGAAGCACCCAUUACCAAAAUUUAUGAUUUUCAUUAAAGAAAAUAAAUUUAAAAUGUAUGAAAAUAUAUUCGUUUGCGAUGAUUUUCCCUUCGGAUGCGCUGGAUAUAUAGCUAUACAAUUACAUACAUAUCAGUUUUCAGUAAUUUUGCUUAAUUGAUGGAUGAGAUGAAAUAUUUUCUUUUUUUUUUGUUACUUUGUUGCUCUGUUAAAUAUGUCUGCAAUAUUUAUUUCAUAAUAUUUUCCAGGAAAAUACAUUAUAAAAUGAAUAUUUCUCCAAAAUAGAUACUAAGUGAACCAAUUAACUGUGCCGAUAUUCAAUGGAAGAGAAUUACUCCAUGUUAAAUGUGAAAAAAUAAAAAAAAAAACAGUGUAAUAGUAUUAAAGAAAUAAAAAAAAAUGUAACUAAUUGAAUUAUCCAAAAAAAUAAAAACAAGAAAAAAGUGAAUUAAAACAGAAAAUGCAUAAGAAAAGCAAGAUGUGACAUAUUCAAUUGACUGAUAAAUUACAUUUCAUUAGACAUUACUUUUAAUAAAUGUGGUGAAUGUUGAUGGAGAAUGUGAGCUAAAGUGAAAGAAUAAGAGAAUUUUACGGGAAUGAUUUGAUGAUUGAGGAAAAUGUGUAUAAAAUUGUGUAUAAAGGCUUUCCUAAAUUACCUGUAAAUAGAUAAAAGAAGAAAAUAAUUCAUAAUGUAAUAUAGAUAAUGAAAUAGAAUUGGAAGAAGAAAGAAAGAAAUUAAAUAAAGAGAUGAAAGAGAAAUUAUUUAGGAAUCUCUUAUAGUUUUUAAUUGAAACUUUCAAACAAGACAUUGUAAGAAUUUACUCAUUAUACAUAUUAAAUUACUCAAGUCUCCUUUAUUGUCUCUAAUUUUUUUUACGACAUUAUACAUUAAAAUAUAUUUACGGUAUAUCUGAAAUCAA